AUGCGCGCCGUGGCGCUGCUCGCCGCGCUGGCCGCGCUCGCAGCGUGCCGCCUCGCCGCCGCCGCCAACGCCACGGAGCCGCAGCGGUCCCGUGCGCCCGCGCCCCGGCAGCCGCCCGCCCGCCGCGGCGAGCCCGUCCCCGGCGCCGAGGACGAGGAGGACGAGGAGGAGUACGAGGAGGCGGCACCCGUGCAUCAGUACCUCGUGGACGACCUGAUCCGAGUUGAACCUGUGGUUAAGCCCAAGCCAACAAAGAGGGGGGGUGAGAAGAAUGCUGGCAAAUCAAGAAGGAAGAAAAACAAGGGGAAAAACAAAAAGAAAGGGACUCCAUGUGAAAUGGAAUACAAAAACUUUUGCAUCCAUGGUGAAUGCAUAUACCUAGAACAUCUCCAAAUGGUGACCUGCAAGUGUCAUCAGGAUUUCUUUGGUGAGCGCUGUGGUGAACAGUUCAUGAAGACUCAAAGGAAGAAUGAUGUGGCAGACUACUCAAAGACUGUGUUGGUGGUGGUAGCUGUUCUGCUCUCGGGCAUCAGCUUCGUUACUGUACUCAUCAUUGUGAUAGUUCAGGUCAGGAAAAAGUGUCCUCAGUAUGAAGAAAAAGAAGAAAGGAAAAAACUUCGACAAGAAAACAGAAAUGGUCAUGUUGGUGUGUAAAUGGGGAGAGAGCAGAACAAUUCUUAUGUGGCCACUGCCAAGCUGCAGGGUACCUGUGGCUACCUGACACAUCCACCUGGACACUGUGGGCUGGAGUUGUUGCCACUAAGCCCUGAUUCAUCCAGACAGAGGCUGCUGCAAGUAGAUGUCCAACAUGCCACUUGCUACUGAAUAACUUUCUGGGGAAGACAAUUACUGCUACAUCUUGGCGCAAAAAUAUGCAAGGAGCUACCGAUAUCGGGUAGAGGACUUGCUAUCAAGACGUGCUAGAAACUACUGCUACUGAGCCCUCUCUGUUCAGUGCUGGAACUUGAGUUUCUGCUGUUACAUGGAUGGACUUUAUUCUGGUUGCACGUCUCCUUUGGCACCUUUAAGUGCAUGGGAGAUGCUUACUGUGACUUUCAGGAAUGUGCAAGGUGGUGGGGAGAACCUCCUCUUCCCUCUCCCUGGAGUUAGUAAGCUCUGGAUGUCUUUUGCCACUAAACCUUGGUGGGCAAACCUAAUUCUGCUUUUGCUCAGCUCCCUGCUGGUAUCAGCUUCAAAGAACUUCAUCUCUAGUUAUGACUUGAAGGGUGUUGGUGACAGAUCUUUGCCCACCACACCUGGGUUUAGUUACUGUAUGUGUGGAAAGUAAUCUCUCUGAAAACAGUAGGACUUAUUGAUGAGUGAAGCUAUGUGUUUGCCUGUGUGCUCAUCUGAGUUAAAACUGCUCUCYGCAGGAUGCUGAGACCUUAAAUAUAAAAUCUGAAGCCUUAUAUCUGAAGAAAAAUAAUCCAUACUCAAACAAGCUCGUAAGCCGGGACACUAGUGUUAAAGCUUCUAAGAAUUAGGU